AUGUCUGUCGUGUCUCUCCUGGGCGUUACGGUUGUGAAUAACCCCGCCAAGUUCACCGACAAGUAUGAAUUCGAGAUCACGUUUGAAUGUCUGGAACCUUUGGAAAAGGAUCUGGAAUGGAAGCUUACCUACGUUGGGUCGGCUACGUCGGAUCAAUAUGACCAAGAGCUUGAUUCUCUACUCGUCGGACCGGUCCCCGUUGGUGUGAACAAGUUUAUAUUCGAGGCCGACUCGCCCAACACCUCGCGCAUUCCCGACGGAGAAAUCUUGGGAGUUACCGUGAUUCUCCUCACUUGCACGUAUGACGGUCGUGAGUUUGUUCGCGUUGGCUACUACGUCAACAACGAGUAUGACUCGGAGGAGCUCAAUGCUGAGCCGCCGUCAAAACCAAUUGUUGAGCGGGUGCGACGCAACAUCUUAUCCGAGAAGCCCCGCGUCACCCGCUUUGCCAUCAAAUGGGAUUCUGAGGCAUCUGCUCCCCCAGAAUUUCCUCCCGAACAACCCGAGGCCGAUCUGGUCGCGGAUGGUGAAGAAUACGGAGCCGAAGAAGCAGAAGAGGAAGCGGAGGAAGAAACUGUCGCCGAAGCCUCCGACAAGUCCAAUGGUCAAACUGGCGAAGAUGCCGAGAUGGCCGGUGUAGAGCAUGAAGCGCAAAACGAGAACGAGAACGAGAACGAGAACGGCCAUGAAGAGGACGAAAUGUCGGAGGACGGAAGUGUCGACAUUGAGGGAGAGAGCGAGGACGAACUCGAGGAAGAGCUCGAAGAGGAGGGAGGCCAAGGCCAAGCCGGCGAAGAGGAAGCCGGCGAAGAGGAUGUCAUGGAGGUUGAUCAAGGCGACAAGCAGACGAGCGCCUCGGUUUCCAAGCCGGUCGCUGCUGCAUCUUGA